AUGUCCACUAUUGCUAGCCCUCUGUCCAUUGCGGGCACAAGACAAUCAGGCGCUUCCGUGCGUACACAAAAUGUUAUGGCUGCGAGCUCCAUUGCAAAUAUUGUAAAAAGUUCUUUGGGCCCCGUUGGCUUGGACAAAAUGCUGGUAGACGACAUUGGUGAUGUCACUGUUACCAAUGAUGGUGCCACAAUUCUCAAAUUGUUGGAGGUGGAGCACCCAGCUGCCAAGGUUCUUGUGGAACUAGCGCAACUACAAGAUGAAGAAGUUGGCGAUGGUACAACAUCAGUUGUCAUAUUAGCCGCAGAGUUGUUAAAGAAUGCUGAUGAGCUUGUAAAGCAAAAAAUUCACCCAACUUCAAUCAUUGCUGGAUAUCGUCUGGCAUGCAAAGAAGCUUGUAAAUACAUUUCAGAACAUUUAACAGCUCCUGUUGAUGAACUGGGACGUGAUUCCCUAAUUAACAUUGCAAAAACAUCGAUGAGUUCCAAAAUCAUUGGUGCCGACGCUGAUUUGUUCGCCACCAUGGUUGUGGAUGCCGCGCAAGCAGUGAAGAUCAUAGAUCCGAAAGGAAGUCCCUUAUAUUCAAUUAAGGCUAUUAAUGUCUUGAAGGCUCAUGGUAAAUCAGCACGCGAGUCAGUUUUGAUACCUGGUUAUGCUUUGAACUGUACCAUUGCUUCACAACAAAUGCCGAAAAAAAUUGUCAACGCAAAAAUAGCUUGCUUAGAUUUCUCUCUACAAAAGACAAAAAUGAAAAUGGGAGUGCAAGUACUUAUUAAUGACCCGGAUAAGCUUGAAGGAAUUCGUGCACGUGAAAUGGAUAUCACCAAAGAGCGCAUCAAUAAAAUACUUUCAACUGGAGUAAAUGUUGUGCUAUGCUCGGGUGGUAUUGAUGAUCUCUGCAUGAAAUACUUUGUUGAGGCUGGUGCCAUGGCCGUGCGUCGUGUUAAGAAGAGUGACUUGAAAAUCAUUGCUAAAGCCACAGGAGCCGCCUUCCUCACUUCGUUGACUAAUAUGGAAGGGGAAGAGAGCUUUGAAGCAUCUAUGGUGGGAGAAGCUGCCGAAGUUGCACAAGAGCGAAUUUGUGAUGAUGAACUAAUUUUGAUUAAAGGCACUAAAGCUAGAGCUGCUGCUUCUAUUAUCUUGCGUGGACCUAAUGACUUCUACUGUGAUGAGAUGGAACGAUCUAUUCAUGAUGCGCUGUGCGUUGUAAAGCGUGUGUUGGAAAGUAAAAAAGUUGUAGCCGGUGGCGGUUGUGUCGAAGCUGCACUUUCAAUAUAUUUGGAAAAUUUUGCAACUUCUUUGAGCUCCCGCGAACAAUUGGCUAUUGCUGAAUUUGCAAAAUCUCUAUUGGUCAUUCCAAAAACAUUGGCGGUGAACGCUGCUAAGGACGCUACAGACUUGGUAGCAAAACUACGCGCUUACCACAAUUCCAGCCAAACAAAAACUGAACAUGCUCAACUUAAGUGGACGGGUUUGGAUUUGAUCGAAGGUAUUGUACGCGACAACAAGAAGGCUGGUGUUUUAGAACCAGCGAUGUCAAAAAUAAAAUCACUUAAAUUUGCUACUGAAGCCGCUAUUACCAUCUUGCGUAUCGAUGAUAUGAUCAAACUGAAUCCAGAAGAAAAGGGAGGCAAAAACUAUGCUGACGCCCAUGCCGCUGGGGAGCUCGAUGGCUAAUUGGCAUUCGAACCAUUCGUAUUAGUUUUGGGACUACUCGUAUUGCCUCUUCUACACACUUAUUAUUUACA